CCUCCUCCCACCUCACAUUCACAUUCAUCACCAACCAUGCCAGGCUUGUGUGAUCUCCCCGAUGAGGUCAUCCUCCUGACUCUCAAUUGCGGCCUUUUUCGCCCAGCAGAUUUUGCGGCAGUGGCCCUCUCGUGCAGGCGGCUCAAAAAUGUCGCUGAAGACGUGCUGUACGCACAGAACCGGGACCUCCAUGGGUCCUCAGCUGUCGACUGGGCAGCAGAGUAUGGCAACACGGCAACACUGGACAAGGCUCUCAAGCACGGGCUCAGCAUCGAGCCCGUCGACGAGGAGCAUUUCUCUGACGAUGAAGAUUCUUCUUCCACACCCCCGCUACCGCCGCUACCCCCGAUACUCCCGCUCAGCCCGUUCCAGACAGCUGUGGAAAAUGGCCAAGACUCAGCAGUGAUCUGGUUCUUGGACCACGGAGCCGACAUCACUCGCAAGAUUUCUCCUUUCUGCUCCUGCCACAUCAUCGAGUCUUGUAUUCUCCACCCAGCAAUCUGCUCCCGUCACGCUUCGACGGCACUGCUUCUCAUUUCCCGAGGAGCACCGCUCGAAUACUUCUCGCGUGGUGUAGGGUCUAUGAUGGACAACCGCGUGACUGCCCUUAAGGAGGCAUCUUUGUUUGGCCUUGACACAGUCGUGGAAAGCUUGAUCAAGUAUCAUAACAUGAACCAGGUUUUCAUCAAACGUUUCGACAUGCACCUGCCGAUUGGGGUCCAGCAUGCACUUUCUUGGGCGGCGAUGACCGAGGGCAACGUGCCACUGAUAAGGAAACUCGUGCAUUUAGGAGCAGAUGUCAACUGGUCUUCCACAGAAUGGGAGUCGAGCCCGCUCCAGAUGGCGAUUGCAAACGGCUGCUUUGACGCAGCAAAUGCCCUGCUUGACUUGGGCGCGGGGAUCCGUCCACGCGAUUUCGAUUGCAACCAUGAUGAGGGGGACGACCGGUCAGAAUUGCGACCGGAAGAAAUGGUAUUUUCGCCGCUGCAUGAUACACUAGCAUCAGCCUUCAGUUCCAAGACACCACUACGCAAGAUUUACCACAACAACACUCCUGGCUCAAGAACUUCGUGGAAAAAGUGGCACUCCGACAGGGAUCGUUUUAUGAAGAGACUUAUCGAGCUUGGUGUCGAUGUCAACAUGGAGGCAUCUGGCGACUGGGGUCAGGAAGAACCAGUUAUCACGCCCCUGGGGUUGGCGGUUGAGAAGGAGAACGUGAAAGAUGCCUCAGCGUUGUUAGCAGCUGGGGCUACAGUGAGCUCCAAAAUGCUGCUAACUGCGUGGCAUUGGUACGAAGGAGACGACCGCAUGGAGAUGAUCAGGCCCCUUCUGAAGCACGGCGCCAGACUCGAUGAGCCGAUCCAAUCCGACCAGACUAUGCUGCAGUUGCUAGCUGAUGAUUCAAAGACGGAGAAAAGCAUGUCUGGACUGAACGAAAUGCUGCUAGUGUCAUCAUCAACAAACCUUGCUCGCGAGCAUUUGAGUGAAGUUUUUGCGGACACCCUUGCCGAUCUCGACUGGUACACCAGCACUGUCUUGUUUCGUCACGGCGCGCGCGUUUCUGAUCCAGACAAACUCUUCGCCAUAGCCAGUAUCAUCGUCGAGAACGUCCCACGUGCCUCGCAAUACACUUUCCCACGUGCCUUGGAGGAAGAUCUCAUGUUUUCCGAACCCGGCCUGUGUGACUGCAUGAGACACAUACUGGACAUGGGGCUGUCUGAUGAGGACCAAUGCCUCAUCUUCCAAGACAUACUGCGCAAGAAACACCGCAUUCUGGCGCACUUGUUCCUCGACUGCGGAAUCGCGAACAAACCUGAGGCCAUACAGUAUCUUGUCGCUUACAUGAUGCUUGCCGCAUCCUGGGGCGACGUUGAUGUGAUCAACCGGCUCUGGCAAGAGGCACACCAAUACCUCGGCCCAGCACAUCGCCUCUUAAUCGUCUACAAUUCUAUAAUUGAAGAUGAGAGGGAAGCAGUGUCUUUCUUCAUGGAUCACGGAGUCACGCCUCUUGAUUCUUUGUCGCCGGACGAGUCCCGGAACGCGGUCAAUCUGAGGAGUGAAGCUGAAGAGAAGGAAACCAAGGCGAUUCGAACACUUAAAAAACGUUCCUCUGGUGCCCUCUAUGACCCUAGAGCUUCGAGGCAGCAGAAAAAGGUUCUACUAAGUAUAGAAACGUAUGGUAUGGCCACUAUCAGACGCAGCUAUUUACACAGCGACAUGUCGCCUCUGCAGUUGGCAGUACGGUACGGCCAUAUGGAUAUAAUCCGCGAACUUCUGAACGUUAUCCCUCGGAAUGCGGACGUGUCCCACACGCUCUUGAGGAUUCAUAUUCCAAAGGUUUUCAAAAUGGCGGAUGAGAUUAGUAACAUGAUUCUCAAAGCAGCAGAUCCUGAAGAGAUAGAUUGGAGUGGCUAA